GACCCCUGAUUGCUGCUGACUCGCCGAACCCAGGGGGCACGUUGCCAAAGCCUCAACAAUUCGCCGCGGCGCGAGCGCUACGCGGCCUGUAUCUUGUAUCAAGCAAAAGCUAAACGCGCGUAAAGCAAUCAAUGGCUGCCACCGGCGGCCUGGGCGGGAUAGGCGGGCCGCCGCCGAGCAGCGGCGCCAUCGGGGCGGUGGGCACGACCAGCGCCGGCGAGGGCCCGGGCCGCCCCAUCAGCGGCGCCGCAGAUGCCGGCCAGGGGGAGCGCACCUUCUCCACCGAGGGCGGACCCCAGUACGGCGGCCGCACUCCGCCAGCCGGCCAGGAGGGCGCCAGCGACCUGGGCCCCUUCCCGGGGACCACGUCGGCGAUCGGGGGCAUGGGGGCAGACCUGGAGGGCGGCAAGGGAGGCAAGGGGUUUGGCGUGCCAGGCACGGGUGGCGAGGGCCCGCCGGCGGCCACCCGCCCGCCGGGCCGCGCCAUCGCCGAUGUCUCCGCUGGCGAAUCAAGCUACGUUAACUAGCAGGCCUGGCAUCGGCCAGCCACAAUAGCUAAGCACAUACCAACCCCGAUGCACCAAUCAUUUAGCACAAGUGCUGCAGCGCCUCCACCAGAGCAUGCCCACUGCUCCGCCCGAGCGGCUGGCGACUUUCCGCGUUGACAAGGCAGGGCACCCGCGGAGGUCGGCCGUCUGGGUUUAUGGGCUCCAUGGUAGGCGGCCGUCUGGGUGCAGGGGUAGGUUAUGGGAUGAAAGGACAGGGGCGCGAGUUGCACCUGUUGAACGGGCGCUGUAAGAUAGGCGAGACGGGAGGGAGGUGGAAGGUGGGAAGUGCAGGAGGGAGGGGGAAGUACAGCGUGCUAGAACGGCGGUGUGGUAGCUAGAGGCAUGGCGUUCUUGGUGUGUUAGUGCCGGGCUCGCGGGACUUGAGGAACUGACAGCGCUUACCGGUGUAGCGCGCAUGGCAGCAGGUCUUUGACGGUUUAGUUAUGCCGCGUGCCCCUUUACAUGCGGGGUAGAGGCACACUUCACGUAAUUGGAU